CCCAACUGUGAACCAACCAAAAUUUUCAAAUAGUAAUUAAUAUCCUUUUUCUUUUGUAGCCAAUGGAUUUCUCUAUACUUGCACCAUAUCCAUUUAGGUUUACUAAAAUAUUUCUUCCUCAAGAAAAAAGGCCUUCUUCUCUAGCAAUAUACAACUCUAAUUUCUAUCAUACAACUCGAUGCAAGGCAUCCAAUGAAGUUACCAAAGAUUCUAGUCAGGCAGUUACUCGUCGAUCGGCUAAGUUCCAAGCAUCAAUUUGGACCUAUGAUUAUAUUCAGUCAUUAAGUAGUGAAUAUAAGGAAGUAAUGUACAAAGAACAAAGGUUAAUGCUAAGAGAAAAAGUAAAGAUGAUGUUUAAGAAAAUGGAAAGUGAGAUUGAUCAACUUGAAUUUAUUGAUGUAUUGCAAAGGCUUGGAGUGGCAUAUCAAUUUACUAAUGAAAUAAGGAAUAUACUUGACAACAUUUACAAUACACAAACAUCCAAGUUGAAAAAUAAUUUAUAUGCCACAUCACUCAAGUUCAGACUCCUAAGGCAACAUGGUUAUAAUAUUUCCACAGAUGUUUUUGCUUGUUUUCAGGAUAAAAGGGGAAAUUUUGAGAAAUGUCAUUCUUUAGAUGUUGAGGGAAUGUUAGAACUAUAUGAAUCAUCGUUUCAUUCAUUUGAAGAAGAAAUUAUAUUGGAUGAAGCAAUAAAUUUCACCACAAAAUAUCUCAAAGAAUAUGAUUUGAAUGAUAAUAGAGAUACUUAUAUAUCACAUCUAAUAAAUCAUGCUUUGGAGCUUCCUUUACAUUGGAGAGUUCCUCGAUGGGAAUCUCAGUGGUUCAUUAAUGUAUAUGAAAGAAAGCAAAAUAUGAAUCAAGUUUUACUUCAAUUUGCUAAAAUGGAUUUCAACAUUGUUCAAAGCAUUUAUCAAGAAGAACUAAAGCAAGCAUCAAGAUGGUGGAAAAGAACAGGCCUUGAAGAAAAGUUGAGCUUUGCUAGAGAUAGGUUGGUUGAGAACUUUCUUUGCACUGUCGGAACAAACUUCAACCCAAAUUUGGAAUACUAUAGAAAAGUUAUUACAAAGGUGAAUUCCUUAAUUACCAUAAUUGAUGAUGUCUAUGAUGUUUAUGGUACUUUGGAAGAAUUAGAGCUCUUCACAGAAGCAAUCGACAGAUGGGAUCUAAAUGGCAUGGAUAGUCUUCCAGACUAUAUGAAAAUAUGCUUUGAGGCACUCUAUAACUUUGUGAAUGAAUUCGCUUUUGAAAUCGAAAAUAAGAGUGGAUAUUAUAGCACUCCACAACUAAAGAAAGUGUGGACAAGUCUAUGUAAAGCAUUUUUGAUUGAAGCAAAGUGGUACCAUGGUGGAUAUACACCAAGCUUUGAAGAAUACUUAGAGAAUGCAUGGAUUUCUAUAAGUUCACAUGUUAUUUUUACCCAUGGUUACUUUUUGAUUCCACAUUCAUUCAAAAUGGAGGACUUGGUUUGUUUAGAAGAAAAUUCCAACAUAAUUCGGUUUUCGGCAAUGAUUUCACGCCUUGCUAAUGAUCUUGGAACACAUAAACGAGAAAAUGAGACCGGUGAUGUUCCAACGUCAAUUCAAUGCUACAUGAACGAAACUGGGGUUUCCGAAACCGAAGCUCGUGAGUACGUAAAGUCCAUGAUAUUUACAAUAUGGAAGAAGAUGAAUACAGAGGCUCGUACUUCCUCUUUUUCUGAAAGUUUUAACGAUACUAUUAUAAACCUAACUAGAAUGUCAUUGUGCAUGUACCAGCAUGGAGAUGGUCAUGCCAUUCAAGAUUCUAAAAUUCAGAGUCACCUCAUGUUAUUAAUUUUUAAUCCCAUUCCUAUUGUACGUAGUAUAAAAUAAAUUAUCUAUUUUAUUUACAGGUUUAAUGUAACUUGUCAUUGAGUUAGUUAAUAUUGUUUUCUUUAAGUUAGAGUCAACCAAUGCAGACCAUGAUCCUUUAAAUGUGUGCGAUAUAGAAAGAACAAAAACACUCA